AUGGCGUUCAAUUUUUCGCAAACCAACAAGGCGCUGCCGCUCAAGACCCGCAUGGGCAUUCGGGACAACGCCGAGAGCUUCGAGGUGUCCCUCGCCGCCAUCCGCACGGCCACCGGCAUCGACUUUGCUUUCGAGGUCCACGGCGACGUCGUCGCCUUCAACAAGGCCAUCGACGAGCGCUACGAGGACCGCCUUGGCGAGAUCUUUUUUGGCUCGUCGUCGGGCGUCCUCCAGUCGCUCGUUACGUGCGUCACCAAUGGCUGCGCCGACGAGAUGGUGCAGGAAGAUCUCCAAGACACGUGCUCGGCCAAGCUCCUCGUCUUCCGCGUCAAGCUCGAGGAGCGACCCAGUGGUGGCCUCUACCACCCGCUCAGCAUCGAGAACGGGGUGUUGUUCGUUGAUUUUUACACAGAUGCUGUGUGGUCCAACGUCGACGAAGUCGGCUGGACCAAGCUCGAGGACGUGCCCCGCGCAUAGUACAGUCCAUGCAGAG